AUGUCAAAGAUUGCGAAUCUUGAUUUCAGUGCUUUGAAAAGCAAUGGUGACAACUACCUGGAAUGGGCGCUUGAUGCAAAGAUCAUGCUGCGAUCAAAAGAUCUUGGUGACACAAUCACCAAAGACAACAAUUCCAGUGACAAAGACAAGUAUAGAGCUAUCUACAUGAUACGCCACCAUCUCCAAGAGAACUUGAAAACUCAGUACAUGACCAUGGAAAAUCCAUAUGACCUUUGGAUCGCUUUACAGCGAAGAUAUGACCACCAGAAAACGGUGUUGCUUCCAAAGGCUCAAUAUGAUUGGAAACACAUAAGGUUCUUGGACUACAAAUCAGUAGACGAGUACAACUCAGUCCUGUUCAGAAUUGUGUCCUUGUUAAGGUUAUGUGGUGAAAAAGUAACCGAGGAAGAGAUGCUUAAUAAAACUCUCUCCACGUUUCCUCAAACCAACAUGGUAUUGCAACAGCAGUACAGAGAGAGGAAUUUCGCCACAUAUACUGAGUUGAUAGAAUGUCUCUUGUUGGCUGAAGCUAACAACGAACUGUUAUUGAAAAACAGUGAGAUGAGACCUCCUGGUACAGCUCCAUUACCCGACAUCUCUAAGCUGGCUAUAGAGCCAAAGAAAGAGACACACGGGCGAGGACGUGGUCGCGGUACCACACCCGGCUUUAGCCGUGGUCGUGGCCGAGGCCGUAGUGUGUCUUUUAAACCACAGAUCAAAGCUGAUCGAUGCCACAGAUGUGGUAUGGGUAAUCAUUGGGCAAAGAAUUGCCGAACUCCUAAGCAUUUGUGUGAGCUUUACAUGGAGAGCUUAAAAAGAAACCCGGAAGCUAACAUGGUUCGAGACCCGGGAUAUGAUGGUGAUGAUGAUGAUGACUUGGAAGACGUCCAGGAUCACCAGCACGAGUCAGACAAAGUUGAUCACAUGGAGUUUGAAACUUCAGACAUACUGAAAUAA